AUGCAUCUCUUUGAUAAACAUGAGAUGACCAGUGAAAAUUGGAUCCUGUUCCAUCUGCAGGUGCGUGUCUGCUGUCUCAGCAGCAGCAUCUCUGCUCUGUCAGAGGUAUCAUCCCUGCUGUCAGAGGCAUCAUCUCUGCUCUGUCAGAGGCAUCAUCUCUGCUCUGUCAGAGGCAUCAUCUCUGCUCUGUCAGAGGCAACAUCUCUGCUCUCUCAGAAGCAUCAUCUUUGCUGCGUCACCAGCAGCAUCUCUACUCUACCAGAAGCAGCAUCUCUACUGUCUCACCAGCGGCAUUUCUGCUUUCUCAGCAACAGCAUCUCUGCUCUCUCACCACCAGCAUCACUUCUCUCCCACCACCAGCAUCACUUCUCUCCCACCACCAGCAUCACUUCCCUCCCACCACCAGCAUCACUUCUCUCCCAACACCAGCAUCACUUCUCUCCCACCACCAGCAUCACUGCUCUCUCAGCAGACGAUACCACCUGCACUACCACCAUCCCUACUACCACGACUACCAGCACCAUGAAGGCUACCAGCGUCUCCCUGCUGCUAUGUGUGGUGGUCGUCGUUGUCUCAGUCCCCCAGAACGACCUCGUAAAUGACAGUCAUCUACGGAUCUUUCCUUCAUUUAGUGUCAACAUCCCAACAGUGACCAGUCAGGUGCCUGGGAUCUUCCUGUGUACCUCAAAUAUCCUGUGUCUGGCGACCACUGCCGCUCCAGCGUCGGGAAAAUGAGCCUUCGCUACCCUAGUUAUGUCACUGUUGCUGCACUGUUGUCACUGUUGCUGCACUGUCAGCUAGUGCUGGAGCACUGUUGUCAGGCACUGUUGUUAGUGAAGGUGGCAGUGCACCUGCAAUCUUGUGCACACUU